GUCAGGUCAGAAGAUGUGAACAAAACAAAACAGAAGACAAUUUUUGUCAAACUUCCUCAAACUCAUUUUGUUUCCUGUAAAAAGCUGUAAAUCUGUUUAAUCUGUGAUUGCUAUUACUUCGAAGUUUUUAUAAAGUUUGAAGUUAUUGCACAUUGGGGAACUCUGGGGUAAAUGCGGCAUUCAUUGAAACGAAACCAGUUUUAAUUCCACAUCAUUCAUAUCGGAUAUUAGAUAUGUCGUUGUACCACGCCAACGCCGGCCAGGCGGAAAUCAUCCGCACCAUUCAGAAGGACCAAACCUACAUCGACGAAAUCCGGUCCCAGCUGAGCGACAUUCUGCUGCUGGUGAGCCAGCGGAACUGGUUCAAGUACAACCACCUGUGCAAACUGAUCGCGGAGGUCCUGUACCACCACUAUGCGAUCGUGCACAAUCUGCAGACGCUCGGGGAGGAGUACACCGGGAUCAUCCAGGUGGACUCGAACUAUGUGAUGCUGCCGAAUAAGGCGUUGCAGAUAUUCUCGAUCCUGUUGGAAUACGGUGGGGAGCACGUGGUGGAUCGGAUACUCACCCGGUUGCAAACCGAGAUCGAUCGAAGCCAAGAGAUGCUACCGGAGGCAAAGGAGCGGUUUGUCAAACUGCUGGACGGGUUGAAAUUUAUUGUUCCCUACGUGAGAGGUUUCCACACGAGUGCGUUCUACAUUUGCGGUGGGAAGUAUCACAUUUCCAAACGACUGACGGGGAUUAAUUAUAUCCUCAUCCGAAACUGGCUCAAAGAGAACCACUCGAUCUACGGCUUCCGGAUACUGGGCGUGGUCACCUUGCUGCAGCUGUUGCUAUCGCUGGUCGUAAAGUGGUCCGAGCAGCGCCGGAAAGUUCGAAUCAGCAGUGCCAAGGGGGAAACGUCGUCGCAACAGUGGACGGUGGUGCCGGUUGCGAGCGAAUCGGCCCACGUUAGCCGCAGCAGCAAAUGCUCCCUCUGCAUGGAGAUGGCCGUGGACUUGAGCGCCACCCAGUGCGGCCAUCUGUUCUGCUGGGUUUGUAUACUGAAUUGGUUGGAUGAGCGGCCGAUUUGUCCGAUCUGUCGGGAGGCGAUCAAGAAGUCCCGGGUGAUACGACUGCAGAACUUUGGGUGAUGUUUCGGAUCUGGGAAUGAACUCUUGACCAAGCGGGUUAUAAUUUUAGUGUCUGUUAUAUUUUAAUAUGUACAAAGUACUUAUAGAAGCUCUUUCCAAGAGUAUUUUGUUAUACAAUGACCUAUCGUUGCUUUUAAUUUUGCUCGGCUCGGGUGGUCGAUUAAAAAAAGUAUCGCGUAGUUUAAUUGCAUUCUAUAGGAAGUGGAAAUAUUUACACAAAUAAGAAGCAUCACUUUCCCUGUCGAGGGACGGCAGUCGUCGCGGUAAAAGGCCUAAAUAAAUUAGUUAUACUCUCGUUGGUUUUUAAAAA